AUGGGUAUGGUUGGUAUCCUAGUACUGGCACUAUCUCUGGUUUCUGCAUCACACAUGAGUGCGGGAGAAGAAAUUAUGACACCUCCAUUCUCUGUUUGUGACCCAAUAUUUGAAUACUUCCCCAAUUGCUUAGAAUUCCUUGUGGGGGAUCCAAAAAUCAGCAUGCCCUCAGCAAAAUGCUGCGAACACAUGAUGCUGCUUAACACAUUAGCCAAUUAUGGGGUUGGUCCCAAGGCCAUUUGUUGGUGCAUUGAGAUCAUGGUUAAGGGAAUGCAACCACCGUUAGUGCCCUCCAGGAUCCAAGAUCUUCCUCGUAUGUGCUACAUCACUCUCAGUUUUCCCAUUUCUGACAGCAUGGAUUGUUCCAAGUGA